AGGAUUUCCACUGUCAGUCUACAGAGGUAAAGCAACGUUUUAUGAGAGCCAUGCACAGCAGUUCCAAAGUGACAGCAAGAGACAUUGGCACAGCUUUUGAUCUUUCACAGUUCAGAGUUGUAUGUGAUUUGGGAGGUUGCACUGGAGCUUUAGCUUAUGAUCUAGUCCAGAUCUACCCAGAAAUGCAAGUCAUUGUCCUGGAUCUUCCUGACGUUAUUACAGAUGUCACCAGCUGUCAGCUUUCAAGGCAAAAUGCUUGUGAAGUAUCCUUUCUAUCAGGUGACAUUUUCAAAGAUGAUCUUCCCGAAGCAGAUCUUUACAUUCUUUCAAGGGUUCUACAUCAUUGUUCUGAGGAAAAGAUUUCUAUCCUAUUAAACAAACUCUCUGCUAUUUCCAAGCAAG